AAAAUGAUUGAUCGCUUAAAAGACAAGGCUCUAGUUUGCCUUGGUUUUAAAACCAGUAACAAAGAAUACGGCAGGUUAAUUGUUGAAGAUGGUGCUUUAAAAGACAUUGUAGAAGCAAAAGAUGACGAAAGAAAGGAUAUGGAAUUUCUUGCUAACGCCGGAACAAUGGUCACCUCUGCAAAGAAUCUACGUGAACUGAUAAAAAAAAUAGAAUGUAAUAAAUUUACUCAGGAAUAUUAUUUAACCAAUAUAGUUUCAAUUGCAGUAAAAAGUGGAUUGAGUGUCGAUUACGUUACUAUCGAUGAAGAAGAGGCAAUGGGUGUGAAUAGUAGGCAUGAUCUUGCAAAAGCUGAAUUUUAUUUUCAGGAAAGUAGAAGAAAAUUUUUUGUUGAUUCUGGAGUAACAUUAAUGGCUCCGGACACUAUUUUCUUUUCUCUCGAUACGCAAAUUGCUCAAGAUGCAAGUGUGGAUCCAUACGUUAUUUUUGCUCCUGGUGUUAAAGUUGAAUCCGAUGCAAAAAUAUUGUCAUUCUCACAUUUAGAAAACUGCUCAAUUAAAAGUGGCGCCUCUGUUGGUCCAUUUGCUAAAAUAAGCAAAGGUACAAUAAUAGGGAAUAAUUCAAUAAUAGGAAAUUUUGUGGAAGUAAAGGCAAGCACAAUUGGUGAAAAUACUAAAAUAAAACACUUAAGUUACAUAGGAAAUACUAAAGUAGGACAGGAAAGCAAUAUAGGAGCUGGUACAGUUGUUUGCAACUACGAUGGAAAAAAGAAACAUGAGACAAGUAUAGGAAACAACUGCUUUAUUGGGGCUAACAGUUCAUUGAUUGCACCGCUUAAUAUUCAUAAUAAUUCCAUGGUUGCAGCAGGUAGCGUGAUAGUUGAUGAUGUACCAGAGGAAAGCCUUGCUAUUGCAAGGGAAAAGCAGGUUAUUAAAGAGCAAUAG